AUGUCCGAAGACGACGUCGACAUGCUCGGCCCUGACGGCCAAGGCUCCUCGCGUGUCGAUCGUGAUCGCCGCGCUCCGAGGUUCAGCUGGACGCCGGCGUACGAAGCAACCUUCUUUCGCAGUUUAUGCGACAGCGUCCAUCUUGGUCUGCGCGAAAACAGCACCUUCAAAGCCGAGGCUUGGGAACGUGCUGCCGUGGCUCUUCAGGAAAGUCACGGCGCCUAUCCUGCCAAGAGCCAUCUCAUUAACAAGAGCGAUAAUGCGCGGAAACGCUUUCGCCUAUGGCGCGGCCUCCGCGAGGACCCAGAGUUUACGUAUAAUUUCGUCUCCAAAACCGUGACUGCUUCCGAGGACGCUUGGCGAGCCCAUAUUGAGAGAGAGCCUCUUUCAAGAGCUCUAAGAGGUCGGCCUUUUGACCAUGAGGUCUUCAUGGAGAUUCUCUAUCCUGAUGUGAUUGGAUCUGGUGGUGCCCCCAAAAGGAUCCUGAAACCCCGGAAAAGGCCCGACGGGCAGCCGGGCGACGAGCCAGAAAUGCCCGGAACUGGCGUGCUGAAUCUGAAGACGGAAUCCACGAUUUGCCGCAUUGGCCGGGAGAGCCCAGUACAGGCACCAUCGUCUUCCGGCAUGACCCCCAAUGCCCCGGCCAACGCCUCAAGCCCUGGUUUCGGGACGCAUGCGAAAACGACGUCGACAGCAUUGCCUCCUAGAACUGCGUCUGCGCAGCCAUCGGUGCUGACUCCUCCAGAGGAGUUGGCGAGUCAGUCGAAAAAACGGGCGUUGCCUCCCGCUCAGGCGGAGAACACAUCCGGUACAACGCCUACGCCUCCGCCGCCGGCAUCGAUAAAGUCCGACUGUGCUUUGCCUACUACCACCCUCCCUGACAAAAGACAACGGAGGUCUGUCCAGAGAGAUUCUGUGCAUCCUUCAUCUUCUUGUGGUACCGAUCUCCCUGCCGCUGCCGUUGCAAGUACUCCAAGUUGUGUACGUCCCGCUGUUCCGUUGACGCGGGCCAUAUCUCAGACGGCCUCAAGGGACUCGAUUCCGGAAACUGCAGGUGCAUCCAUCGGUCCAAGGUGGAGCGAGUUAGCCCUAGAGCAGUUCUUUAAAGACUUUGCAGACGAGAAUAUGGAUUUACAGAUACGGAUUGCCGAAACCGUGUUGGUUAACGAAAACAAGGCAUUGGUGUACUGCAAAAUGCCUUGGUGUCUGAAGCAAUACUGGCUAAAAAAACUCGACGAAAGCUUUCGGAAAUCGCCAUGA